AUGGCGACAAACACAAGGGAUCAUUCAAGUGGCAGCUCCAAAUACAAACCUCGACAAGAGCGUUUUUCUGUGCAAAGAGCAUUGGAGCAACUUGAGUUAAUCGAUGGAGACAACUCAGAUUUGGAAGACUUGUCUGACAACGAUGAUUCCAUCCUGGAUGUCAAUUAUCAACCCCCACCACAGGAGCAAAGCAGCAGUGAGGAUGAGGAUGACAGUAGUGAUGAUGAGGACCCCAUUCCUCAGCCCACUGAGCACAGCAGAGGACGUAAACGUCUCCGUGGUGCAAAUAAUGGUUCAGGGACAGAGACGGGGACAGGUUCAUCCCGCACUCCCAGACGGCGCCGUCAAACUCAGCAGAUCGAGGCUGAUCGCUCCGAUGAUGACUCGGAAGAGCCAACACCAGGACCAAGCACUCUGGGACAGCCCAAUAAAGGACGUGGGUUGCGCUGGAGGGCUACUCCAUUGAUGCCAGACCUUGCCCAGUUUGAGCACGAGGACGACACUGAGCUAGACAGGAAUGGCUGGACCCCACUGGACUAUUUUGAACAGUACAUAGAUAGAGAUUUGAUGAAAAUGAUUUCAGAUUGCUCUAAUGCUAUGUCACUGUCUAGGAGUGGGGAUCUACUCAACACCUCUGUAGAUGAGGUUUACCACUUUUUUGGUGCCUGUAUUUUGAUGUCCUGCAUCCGAUACCCAACAAUCAGGAUGUACUGGUCCAAAGCCUUGAGAAUCACUGCUAUCACUGACAAAUUCACGCGCAACAGAUUCUUUAGACUGAGGGGAUCAAUAAAAGUGCUAAUUGAUGAUGAUGUGCCAAAAGAUCUGAGGAAGAGGGACAAAUUCUGGAAGGUGAGGCCUUUUCUGGAUCGGAUUCUGCAAGGCUGCAAGUCUCAGAAUCGACCUGAAUGCGCAUCUAUUGAUGAGCAGAUGAUUCCUUUCACAGGAACCUGUCCAUGCAGACAAUAUCUGCCAAUGAAGCCAAACCCAGUUGGCAUCAAGAACUUCGUUUGUGCUACAGCAGAUGGCAUUGUGCUGGACUUUGAUCUGUAUCAAGGUAAAGGUGCACUGCUUGAGCAGGUCGAAGAAGAAGAGGUGGGCCUGGGGUUGGGAGGCUUAGUCUUGGCUCGGCUGUGUCAAACUCUGCAUCGUGGCACGAAAGUGUAUUGUGACCAGUUCUUCACAAGCAUCCGAUGUGUGGAACAAAUGAUGAAGAAGGAGAUGUACAUUACUGGUACAAUAAUGAAGAACCGACUCGCUGGCGCGAAGGAGAAGCUAGCCUCUGACAAAACCAUGAAAAACACAGGAAGAGGUACCUCAUCAGAACUUUCCACUGAAGACGGAAAGUUGUGUGUAGUGAAGUGGUACGACAACAAACCAGUAUUGAUGAUGUCUGUUGUUCAUGGCACAGAGCCUGAAGACACCUGCCAGCGCUGGGACAAGAAAUUGAAAGAAUAUGUGACUGUCUCGCGACCAAGCAUUGUCCGUGAGUACAACCUCAAGAUGGGUGGAGUUGAUUUGAUCGAUAGAAUGAUUAGCUACUAUCGCAUGAGCGCCCGUACUAAGAAGUGGACGAUGCGGAUGCUAAUGCACUUCACGGAUCUGGCUUUAGCCAACAGCUGGCUACUCUACCGCAAAGACCUCGCAAUAUGUGCUGCACCAAAGAAGAGCAUCAUGCAGUUCCUUGAGUUCCGUACGGAAAUGGCUAUGACCCUCUUGGCCCAGCAUCACGGUCAAGGAAGCGAUGCAGACCUCUCUGAACAGUCAGAGGAAGAAGACAACUCAAAUCAAGGGAAGAAACGUUUUGUGACGGCAGUGCCCCAUGUCUCGGUCCGCAGGAGGGCGAAUGCCCAUCUCCCAGAGAUGAUCAGCCUGAAGAACGCGGCGCGCUGCAGAGUAGCAGGCUGCACUGGAAGAACCCGAGUUAACGCAGAGUUCAAGCGGAUUACAACUAUGCCUCUACAGUCAAGGUUCCUGUCACAGCUUGACCUACACUCCGCAAGUCUGCUGAGGGUGUUCUCGAAACAAUCGGGGCAGCAGGGCAAGAAGUUAAAAGACAUGGCUGCCAUGAUGACAGAAGACAUCGAUGCUGGCAGGGAGUGCCUCAUUAAAGGACUCUGCAUCUACCUCAACGAGGAUCCUGAGGAUCUGGUGAAGGAGUACAUGGACAUGACUGAGGCCAACACACUACGUGAGGUAGAAGGAACAACAGUGGGGAUCUAUGUUGCCAGAGAGACUCCCAGCAAUGACUAUUCUGAUGUGGGAGUAAUCCUCGAGGGUGUGGUGGUGCUUCACGAUCUGGAGAGUGUGGCUCUUGCAGCUGCAAUGCUGUUUGGACUCAUGUAUGCCCUAAACAUGAAUUACCCGUUGAAGCUCCGCUACACCUUAGAAGUUCUUCAAAAGGUUAUAAUGGAGUUGGAUGCAUCUGACCUUUCAAGAAAGGCCCAAAACUUGAAAAGGAAAAUGCACUAG